AUGGAAGGCCCCUAUGCCGUGACACCACUUAGCCAUGAUACUUCAACGCCUCAGUUCAGACUCCUUGAAUUGCAUCCGAGCACACAGUCCUCUCUGAUCGAGUGCAGUCUUCGAUCCUAUUCUUUCGACGAGAGCUAUCCAGCUUACAAAGCAUUGUCUUACACUUGGGGGUCGGUAAAGGAUACCUAUCAACUACGUCUCAAUGGAUACGAAUUUUCUGUUUCCCGCAAUCUGUGGACCUUCUUAGAGCAAAUGCAUCUCCAAAGGCGACAUGGAGUCUACUGGAUUGAUGCUAUUUGCAUCAACCAAAGUAACACACUGGAAAAGAACCAUCAAGUUCAAAUGAUGCGACGUAUCUACAGCACCGCUGAGCAAGUAGUGAUCUGGCUCGGCGAGGCGACUCAAGACAAGACAAGCGACAUGGCUAUGGACGUAGUGGCCAGCACACACAAAUGGGUAUCAAACAGGAGAUCUGGCGAUUCCAUGCACGAAUCGCAUUUCAUCUGGGAUGAGAGAGAAACGCGCGCUGUAAAACACCUUUUUUCCCGGGACUACUGGACGAGGAUC